GCAGCUCAUCAGGUCACAGGGUGAAAUUAAAAGGGAGGAGGAAAUCACCGACCCAUCAGAAUGUGCGCUCCUUCCUGGUGACUUGGUGCCCAGGAGAGGAGCUGGGGAGACAGGGCGCGCCGAGGCCGGGAGCCAGGGGCGCAGGAUGGCCCUGCAGAGAGCGGUGCAGCUGUCCCUGAAGAAGCCCACCUAUGCCGUGUGUGUGGUGGGAGUCGAGACGUACGUGGACGUUCACAGUGAUGUGCCCAAGGGUGCCGAGACCUUCGGGGUCUCCGGGAGCCCCGGAGUGGAGGUGUUCGUGAUCUAUGACCCAGCACGGGUGACAGUGCCCACAGGCAAGACCCGCUGGCCCCUGGACGCCAACGUGGACGUGACCGUAUCCGUGGACGCGGCCAGUAAGGCCUUACAUGAUCUCAAGGUGAAGGUCUCCUACUUCGGGCGGCAGGAGGCUGGCGCCCUGGGCCAUUGCGUGCUUUACCUUACCACUGUCGACGUGUCCCUGGACGUCGACACGGGUCGCACGGGCAAGGUGAAGAGGAACCACGACGACAAGAAAACCUGGCGCUGGGGCCCUGAGGGCUAUGGGGCUGUCCUGCUGGUGAACUGUGACCGGGACAGUGUCGUGUCCGCGGGGCCCGACCUCACCAACAGCCAGCUGGCAACACUGGAUGACCUGCAGGACAUGUCCCCCAUGGUGCUGAGCUGCGACGGCCCAGACAGCCUCUUCGACACCCACAAGCUGGUCUUGGAUGUGCCGUUUUCUGAUUCCAGAAGAGUGGGGGUCUUCUGCGCUAGGGGUGGGACUUCCCUUGAGGACUACAAGCAGGUACUGGGACCUCAGCGUCUGUCCUACGAAGUUGAGCGGCAGCCGGGGGAGCGGAAGAUCAGCUUCUUUGUGGAGGGACUCGCCUUCCCCGACGUUGAUUUCUUGGGGCUGGUCUCCCUCAGUGUCAGCCUGGUGGACACGGGGACUCUGCCUGAGGUGCCCCUCUUCACAGACACCGUGGCCUUCCGCGUGGCCCCCUGGAUCAUGACCCCCAACACCCAGCCCCCCCUGGAGCUGUACGCGUGCAGUGUGGUAGACUCCCAUGGCUCAAAUAAGAAAUUUCUGGAAGACAUGUCUGACCUAGCGUUGAAAGCCAACUGCAAGCUGGUCAUCUGCCCUCAGAUUGAAAAUCGAAAUGACCGCUGGAUCCAGGACGAGAUGGAGUUUGGCUACACCGAGGCCCCUCACAAGGCCUUCCCAGUGGUCUUUGACUCUCCCCGAAACAGAGGCCUGAAGCAUUUCCCCUACAAGCGGAUCCUGGGUCCCGACUUUGGAUAUGUAACCCGGGAGAUCCUCUUCGCUGGUGCCUCUAGCCUUGACUCUUUCGGCAACCUGGACGUCAGCCCGCCCGUCACGGUGGGCGGCAAGGAGUACCCGCUCGGCCGGAUCCUCAUCGGCAGCAGCUUCCCCAAGUCCGGUGGGAGGCGAAUGGCCAAGGUGGUGCGGGACUUCCUCCAGGCCCAGCAGGUACAGGCGCCCGUGGAGCUCUAUUCCGAUUGGCUCUCCGUGGGCCACGUGGACGAAUUCCUGAGCUUUGUGCCCACCUCGGACCAAAAGGGCUUCCGGCUGCUUCUGGCGAGCCCCAUCGCUUGCCUCAAACUGUUCCAACAGAAGAAAGAGGAGGGGUACGGGGAGGCGGCCCAGUUUGACGGGUUAAGACACCGAGUGAACAGAAGCAUUAAUGAGAUGCUGGCCGACAGUCGCCUCAGGAGGGACAGCCUCUACGCGCAGAAAUGCAUCGACUGGAACCGGGAGGUGCUGAAGCGGGAGCUGGGCCUGACCGAGCGGGACAUCGUGGACAUCCCCCAGCUCUUCUUCCUGAAGGGCUCCCACGCGGAAGCCUUCUUCCCUGACAUGGUCAACAUGGUGGUCUUAGGCAAGCACCUGGGCAUCCCCAAGCCCUUCGGGCCCAUCAUCGACGGCCGCUGCUGCCUGGAGGAGAAGGUGCGGUCCCUGCUGGAGCCCCUGGGCCUCCGCUGCAUCUUCAUCGACGACUAUUUGUCCUACCACGAGCUGCUGGGGGAGAUCCACUGUGGCACCAACGUGCGCCGGCAGCCCUUCUCCUUCAAGUGGUGGCACAUGGUGCCCUGAGCCCCCCUCCACCCGCCGUCCUCUCUGCCCACCUGCCAGGGAGCCCCACCGGGGAAGGGGGCGAGGAACUUCCACCCGGCCCCCGUCCUCGUGGGGGAGCCUCGGGCGCUUCUCCUCGAGUGCCUGCGAACGUGCUGGCCACCGCAGGCCCCGGGACGCAGCGACGGACGCCCACACCCUCACCUCUGGAGUGGCCUGCACAGCCCGAGAGGGACCGUCCUCAUUCCUCCCUCCCUCUUCCCGAUCCGCCACUCCCAGAGGUUCUGGAAAAGAGCAACGGCCUCAGCACGUUCAAGGGCAGCCGCGCGUGGCCGCGGCUGUGCCCGACUUUGAGUCACUCUCCCUCUGUUCUCCUAUUCCUCUCGCGGGUCUGCACCGGGAACGGCAUCCAUGGGGCCUGGGCUCAGAGGCAGGGGCCUGGGUCCAGGCCGUCUGUGGUUCUUGUAAGAGCAGGUGCAGGGAGGCGAGGCAGCCUCUUUUCCCGACCAGCUGUCCUCUCCUGCAGGGGACCCUCAAGAUGUGACCUCCCAGCACCCCUCAGCCAUAUUUAUAGAGGCAAAUAAGGACGGGAAAACCUAGCAUGUGGGGGCCUGCUUUAAAAAGAAAAGGCAACAAAAACCCUUUAAUACCUGACUCCGUCCUCAGAAGGGUGCUUGUUACCUGUUGAGAAGGCCUUUAAUUACGAGUGCUGGCUGCUUCUGCCCCGAAACGCUGAGAGGCCAGAGAGAGGCCUCAGGAGGGCACACGCAAGGAAGGCUGGCAGGCGGGAGGCCAGGAUGGUAAAGGGGGCCGAGGCAUGAGGACAAACGGUGGGGCCUGGCCUCUGUGUCUUAGGUCUCCCCACUUCCGAUUCUGGACUCUGGAUGUGAAGGGGGCUGGCCGUUCCAGAUGUCACAGGGGAUAGGAGCCCAGAUGUUAGAAGGGGGGGGG